AUGGCUCCCGAGAAGCGCAUCGACCCCGAGACCAAGAAGGCCAUGACGCUCAAGGAGCUCGCCAAGGCUUACUCCGGGAAGUACACUAAGGAGGAGAUCAGCAACUACUGGAAGGACGAGUGCAAGGUUGCCAAGGAUGAGCCGGCCCCGAAGGCCAAGACCAAGGCCAAGGCCAAGGCUGAGCCGAAGGCCGAGCCGAAGGCCAAGGCCGAGCCGAAGGCCAAGGCCGAGCCCAAGCCUCCCAGCAAGGGCGGCGACGUGAUGACCAAACUGGCGCAUCUCAUUUUCGACGACGCCACCAUGAAGAAGUACGUUCCACCGAAGGUCUUCAAGAAGUUCCAGGAGGACCUCGUGUCUGGGGAUCCCACUUCCGAGGAUGACCAGAAGGCGAUCGCGAAGGGCAUGUUCAAGUGGGCGCGGGAGCACGGUUGCACCGACUUCGCCCAUUGGUUCUUCCCGUGCCGCGGAGGCAGCGGCGCCGUGGGCGGCGCGGUCGGCGCCCUGAAGAUGGACACCCUGAUCGACAUGGACUUUGGGUCGAAGAGCGCGAACAAACCCUUCUUCCCUGUGCUCCCGACCGAGCGCCUGUUCCAGGGCGAGACGGACGGCUCCUCCUUCCCCAACGGCGGCCUGCGCGUCACGCACUCCGCCGCUGCCUUCACGGUGUGGGACCGGACGUCGCCGCCGUUCAUCGCGGGCACCACGCUCCGUAUCCCGUGCUCAUUCCUGACGCACUUCGGGAGGAGCAUCGACGAGAAGACGCCCCUCCUGCGCUCGAUGGACGCCGUGAGCGUCCAGGGGCUGCGCCUGCUCAAGGCCCUGGGGCUGGCCUCGGACGCCAGGUGCCUGCGCUCGUACCUGGGCUGGGAGCAGGAGUUCUUCGUCAUCUCCGCCUCGCUGUACAAGAAGAGGCCGGACCUCGUCAACACCGGCCGCACGCUGUUCGGCAAGCUGCCCACGCGCGGCCAGCAGAUGGACCUCAACUAUUUCGCCCCCGUCCCGUCGAGCGUGGACAAGCUGCUCGUGGAGGUACAGCAGGAGAUGCUGAAAGCGGGCACCCCGAUGGCGGUCCGCCACAACGAGGUGGCGCCGGGCCAGCAUGAGAUGUCGCCGGUCUUCGGGGUUGCCAACUUCUCGUCCGACAACAACGUGUAUUUCAUGGAGACCUGCAACAGGGUGGCCGCCAAGUACGGUCUGAUGGUGCUCUUCCACGAGAAGCCGUUUGCUGGCAUCAACGGCAACGGCAAGCAUGCCAAUUGGUCCACCGAGGGAGAGCCUUGA